CUGUAACUUCCACUGGAAGCUGUGACUCCGAGUUCGGGCUACCACACGUCCUGCAAAACUCCUGGACCUUGCGAUCUUGCCAGUGCCGGUGGCAGCAGCAUCCGCUCCGAUCAGCUGCCUUCCUCCGUGUAGUACCUACGUCCAACUGCAGCAAGUCUUGGGGAUCCCAAAGAAAAAGGCGUCUUCUGCGAAUGCAGCAAUAUUUGGGAGUAUAAUCUGCUCGUACACCUCCGCAGACUGCACCCAGUCAGAUUCUCUGCAAAUAGAUCGUCGCAAUCAUGAGUGCUGACUACUUACAGAUGCAGGAGCCGGUGAGGCUGGCAUCCAUUUUGGAGGAGAGCCACCAGAAUCUGCCCCACGCUUACGUGGCACAGACCAAAAUCAUCGCGACUGUUGGCAAUGAGUCACGUUCAGUAGAGAAGAUCGAGGAGCUGUUAAAUGCAGGCAUGUCAGUUGCUCGGUUCGACUUCAGCUCAGGCGAUGCUGCCUACCACCAGGAGACUUUGGAGAAUCUCAAGGCCGCUGUCAAAACCACUAAACGCCUCUGCUCCGUUAUGUUCGACACGGUCGGCCCCGAGCUCCAGAUUUACAACAGCAACGAAGGCCCCCUUCAGGUGACGUCGGGACAGACCAUCAUGCUCACGCCUGACAAAACAAAGGCGGCAUCAGCAGCCAUCCUUCCAACAAAUUACCCGGGCCUUGCCAAGACCGUCAAGAAGGGCGACACGAUCUUCGUCGGGCAGUACCUCUUCACCGGCAGCGAGACGACGUCGGUGUGGCUCGAGGUCGAGGAGGUGCGCGGGGAUGACGUCAUCGGGGUGUGCAAGAACGACGCAACGCUGCAGGGCGCGCUGCUGACGGCGCACACGGCGUGCGUGCGCGUGGACCUUCCAACGCUGAGCGAGGAGGACAAGAAGAACAUCUCCACGUGGGGGCAGGCCAACCAGAUUGACUUCGUGUCGUUGUCGUUCACGCGCACGGCGGAGGACGUCAAAAACUGUCGGGAACACCUUUCCAAAUGCGGGGAACUGUACCAGACCCACGUGCUUGCAAAGAUCGAGACCCUGGAGGGCCUGCGCAACUUUGACGAGAUCCUGGCUGCGGCUGACGGCAUCAUCCUCGGGCGCGGGAACCUGGGCAUCGAUGUCCCUCCCGAGACGGUGUUCCUGUUUCAAAAGCUGGCCAUCCACCGGUGCAACAUGGCCGGCAAGCCGUGCAUCGUCACCCGUGUCGUUGACACCAUGACAGACACGCCCCGGCCGACGCGCGCAGAGGCGACCGACGUCGCGAACGCCGUGUUGGAUGGUUGUGAUGCAAUCAUGUUGGGUGCCGAGACUCUGCGGGGGCUGUACCCAGUCGAAACCGUGAUCACAGUCAGGAAGAUCUGCGCAGAGGCUGAGAACGUGUACAACCACAACUUGUACUUCAAGAGGAUAGUCAAGGAGGUCGGCGUGCCAAUGAGCCAAAUGGAGUCCAUCGCGUCCUCCGCAGUGCGCGCGGCCGCCAAAAUCAAGGCGUCCGUCAUCAUUGUCUUCUCUUCCUCGGGGCGUGCCGCCCGGUUGAUCGCCAAGUACCGCCCCGACAUGCCGGUUCUCACCGUCGUUAUUCCCAAGCUCACGACCAACCAGCUUAAGUGGACGUUCACUGGCGCCUUCCAGGCGAGGCAGUGCCUCAUCAUGCGUGGGCUAUUCCCCAUGCUUGCAGACCCGCGGCACCCGGCUGACGGGAACUCAAAUAGCAACGAGUCGAUCCUCAAGGUGGCGAUCGACUACGCCCGCAAAGCGGGGCUGGUUCACAUCCAUGACCGGAUAGUUGUCUGCCAAAAGCUAGGUGACUCAAGCGUUGUGAAAAUCAUUGAGAUCGACGAUUAGCGUCGCGCUUUUAGCAGACGUUCCAUCUGGCACAUAUAAAAUUCAGCAAGAGUCAGGUUGCGUAAAGCUAAGUGUCCGCUCGGCCAAAAAAUUAAGUUUGCAGCUGCUGGCCGCGCCCAAGGUAACAGUCCAGGUCGAGCCGCUUUCGGCGUUUUGCUCUCCAUAUAAAGCCGGUCGCAUACAAGAGGCUCCAUUCGAACAGAAAUGCAUUGGCGGCCGGCACUGAUGGCUGUAAAUCUUCUGUAUCGAAGUUAGCAUAAUGCGCAAGCACUGAUUAAGAAACAUAUCGUGUGAGCCCAUGAUAAGCAAGUAUUGGAAGCGCGCCCGACCAGGCAAAC